ACCAUAUCUAACCAGUAUUACUGACAGCUUAAUUACAAAUAAAUGCUCCUUUUCCAUCUUGCACCUUAUCUUAUUAAGAAUGUCAAACUACUUAAAUCCAAGAUUCACACUUAAAACGCUUAAACAUAAAGUUUUGCAAAAUCUAUCCAAAACAAUGCUGGUAACAAAUUUUCCAGCCUCACCGAACACGCACAAAUCAGCUUGUUCACGUUUCAGUUAGAAAGUGGUAGUUUAACAGAAUAAAGUCCAGCUGUUCAAUGUUCCUGUCACCUUCCCGUGAGCGGGCAACACACUCCGCCGCUGUUGCGAUGGGCGAUACAAUCCGCCGCCUGCUCAUCUUCCACCAUCAAAGCGAAAGUCCGGCAACUGCGCGAGACAAUGGCACGUGAUCACCGUGUCACAUGACCCCGAGUUCCACUUCGAGCGGAAUCGGUCCAGACACACAGUGGGUCUGUAGUACAUCUUUGCUACUAAUACACGCUUGGACUGGAGGAGGCGCAAAUAUAUAUAUAUCUAUCUUAGACCUGCUACUGCUAGGUAGCAAGUUGCAUGUUAUAUUUUAACGUUUGUAACUGAAGUCCCUUUUCAGACUACAAUGCGGGCUUCUCGCCUGCUGUAUCUUAGCUGUCUCUUGGUGUCGGCUGUCCGGUCUCGGUACGCUCCGGACUGGGCCAGCCUGGAUUCCAGGCCGCUGCCCUCGUGGUACGACGAAGCCAAGUUCGGGAUCUUCGUGCACUGGGGUGUGUUUUCGGUUCCGGGGUUCGGAAGCGAGUGGUUUUGGUGGCACUGGCGGGGAACGCAGGAGCCGCUGUAUGUGGACUUCAUGGAGAAGAACUACCCGCCUGGGUUCGCCUACCCGGAUUUCGCCCCCGAGUUCCGAGCCCAGUUUUUUGAUCCGGAGCAGUGGGCUGACGUAUUUGAGGCUUCGGGGGCGAAGUACGUGGUUCUGACAGCCAAACAUCACGAGGGCUUCACGAACUGGGGUUCGGCGGAGUCCUGGAACUGGAACGCAGUGGACACGGGUCCGCACAGGGACCUGGUGGGCAGCCUGGGGUCUGCGCUCAGCAAGAGGUCUCUGCGCUACGGGCUGUACCACUCCCUCUUUGAGUGGUUCCACCCCCUCUACCUGGCUGAUAAAAAGGCUGCCUUUAAGACCCAGGAGUUUGUCUUUCGCAAAACCCUCCCUGAGCUCUACGACCUUGUCAACAGGUACCAGCCAGACCUGAUUUGGUCGGAUGGGGACUGGGAAGCUCCUGACACCUACUGGAAUUCCACCCAGUUCCUGGCCUGGCUCUACAAUGACAGCCCAGUCAGGGACUCUGUGGUGACCAAUGACCGCUGGGGGGCGGGGUGCGCCUGUAAGCACGGCGGCUAUUUUAACUGCGAGGACAAGUACACUCCGGGUCGGCUGCCCGAGCACAAGUGGGAGAAGUGCACCUCCGUGGACACUCUGUCCUGGGGAUACCGGCGGGAUAUGACCCGGGAUCAGCUGCUCGACCUGCCAGCGAUCAUAGCGGACCUGGUGCGGACCGUGAGCCUGGGGGGGAACUACCUGCUGAACGUGGGCCCCACGGCCGAUGGCACCCUGCCCGUGGCGUUCGAGGAGCGGCUGCGCGGCGUGGGAGGCUGGCUGGCGGUGAACGGGGAGGCGGUGUACUCGUCUCGUCCCUGGAGGGUGCAGAACGAGAACGCCACCGUGCCGCUCUGGUACACCUCGAAGGGCUCCGACGUUUACGCCAUCUUCCUCGAGUGGCCGGUGGACAACGUGCUGCAGCUCGGCGCUCCCAAAACCUCCCCCGCCUCGAACGUGACAUUACUGGGGUACCCCAAGCCCUUGAGGUGGAUGCCCAGGGGCCCGACGGGCCUGUCGGUGUUCCUGCCUGUCCUGCGCACGCCACUGGCGGUGGGCUGGACGCUGAGGCUGCAGGGCUCGGCGUGAGAGCAGACCCCUGUCCUGCUGCUGGGCCGUGUGCGCGGUCAGCCCUCGGCUUCUGCGCAGAAAAGGGAUGUUUACCACAAAUCUGCUCGACUGCACUGACGUGUGGUGAAUCAGAAGGAAGAACAGAGGAAGAAAUUUCCUAUCCUCGUGCACUGAGAGCUUUUCAAACAUUUAUCUUUUUUGUAUUGUCCUAAAUUUACAUGGUACUUGCCCAUUGACGCAUUUUGUACCUUUAUGGUGACUCUGGUAAUAAAAUCACUGCAAGUGUCAGUGUAUCCUCUUA